AUGUGUGCCAUAGCGAUCGUUUCUGCGAAGACGGCAGUACACUUCCUCCCUGCCUCACUCCGGACAGCCGGCGUGACCAGCGGGAGUCCGUUUGUGGUGGACAUUGUGGAGCGGUUGGAGCAGCGCCAUCGGUCGCAGAUUACCGUCGAUGGGGUCGACCGUACACCGAACACACUCGCGCCACCUUUGUACGGUGAGGAGGCCUACGGUUGGUGUCACUUCCGGGAGCAACUGGAGUGUGGACUACUCCCCAUCGAAGAAGAAGAGGCUGUAAAGAUGGAGGACGGUGGUGCAAUACCGAGUGCAACGGACAAGGGGGACGGAUUCGAUGGGCUGGACCAUCAACCGAACUAUGAAGGUGUGAUCGAUCGCCGCAGCCCAACCCUAGGUGCGGACACAAAAACAUACCACGUCAAGAUCCGGCUCACCGAAACCGAUGACAUCGUACUGUACGAAAGCCCCAGCCACGUUGUCUCGCAGGAUGCCGAAGAAGCGGCCCUCGUCCUGGAGCAGAACCGUGCGUUCGAAACACGGCCCCGGGCACGCCGGACGGCCGAUGCCGAAGCGCAAACGCGCGAUCUUCCCUGCAAGUCCCGUUCGGUCAACACCGAGUGUAUCCAGCGGCAGGAUGUGGCCUCGUUCGUGUCCAACUACGACAUGUACGACACGUACAACGAUCUCGAACGGCACACGAAAGAGAUCAAUGUGGCCGAAUCAUCGGCAAAGUUGGAGAUCACGACGUACUCGCGCGAAGGAAUGGAAGACAUCGACGAACGGUUGAACCGCAAUCCGAACUUUCAUCUUUCCUCCAUGAUCCUGCAGCGCCUCCUGGCUGGGAAUGUGUACCGGGAGCAGCAGAUCCGGUUCCGGAACAUGUACCCACCGGAUCCGUGCCGGGUGGACGUACAGUACCUCUACCGACUGGAGACGCUGUGGCGCUACCGGACAGUCGAAACGCUCGGGAAGGCGGUCGCUUGCGCUUCCUGGUGUCCGGCGAACGGUGACAUCGUGGCCAUCGCGUACGGUAUCUAUGGGCACACAGUGAGCGAAGAUCGUGGCACCGGAUACGUGUACGUGUGGAACAUCAAGAAUCCCGUCAAUCCGGAGCGUCGCUAUCGGUUCGAUUGCCCUGUGACUUGCGUUGCCUUUUCACGACGCACCCCGCAGCUACUGGCGGUUGGACUGUACGAUGGUAAGGUGCAGAUCCGUGACAUUACCGACGCAACACCGACUCCGUUGGCCGUCUCCGAGCGGGACAAAUUUCCGAUCUAUCAACCCAUCUGGGACCUCCGGUGGGUUGAGUUCGAUAACGAAGGGAAAGACGAAGUGAUUGCGGUGUCGCAGUGCGGAUGGAUCAUGAAGUACACGCUCACGAUCGGAGAGUAUCUGUUGGCGUACCCGUUGCUCCGGUUGGACCGUGUUGAGGGCAAGAUCGAGGGCACCAGUGCUGGGCACGGUUCCGCCAGUGGUGAUGGUGAUGAGCAACUGGUCGUCGCACCACCUCUUGUGCCCAUCCAAUCCGAUCUUCAUCCGCAGGCCCUUUGCAUUACGAUCCAUCCCGUCCACAAGGACAAAUAUUACGUCGGAACGGAUGAAGGAGCGGUCCAUUGGUGCAGUAUCAACGAUCCGUUUCAACAUCUGGGCGUUUGGCAGAUGCACAACCGGGGCAUCUUCUGUAUCGAACACUCACCGUGGAGUCCCAAGAUUUUCCUCACCUGCAGCGGUGACUGGAGUGUACGGGUUUGGAUCGAGGACCUCACGGAACCGGUCGUUACGCUGACGGCAGGAUUCGCUCCGAUUCAAGCCGCUUACUGGUCGCCCACCAACAGUACGGUCAUUGCAAGUGUUACCCGGAACGGGGUGCAACUGUGGGAUCUGAAGCGUCGAAGUCCAAAGCCAGCCUCGGAGACGGCGCUCGGUGGUCUGACGACACCGUUGACCGUGAUACGGUUCAGUAACUGUGGCCGCACUCUGCUCGUCGGUGAUGGGGAAGGUAAUGCGCACGUUUGCGCCCUCGAGGACAUGCCGUUCCCGCCGCACUUCCAGUACCGUGAGCUACAGGCGGCCAUCUAUGGGAAGCUCGUGACGAAACCGGACCUCCUGGCGCGUGUACGCCGGAUGGGCUAUCUGGGCUACUAG